AUGGUUCCAGUGCUCUUCGUUUUGCUUCCGUUCCUGGCUGCCGCCAGCCCUGGCCUGCGUGGCGACGGCAACGCCUACGUGGACAGCGUGCAGUGCACCGGUGGCGGCGCGUUACCCGAGGACGUGUGCUUCAGUGGCAGUAUCUUGACCCAGACCUUCGACAUUCAGGUGAUCAGCUACGACGGUAAAACGGGCACAGUCAACCUGAAGGCGGACGGGUCAGUCAGUGCCCAGUGCGAUGGCGCAGAGUUCGAAAACCAGGAGAAUGCCAUCACCAUUGAGAACGACCAGGGCUGCGGUCUCAGCAACUACGACUACACGGUGAGGUACUGCCCGGAUCAGGACACACUGAUCGUGAACCUUGUCAAACCCUACAAUGUGAGGGUUGUUCUGAACAGCAAGUCAUGCUCAGCCGGGGAAGUUUAA